AUAGUCAUUUGAUGCCAGCCAGGCUCGGCGGGUGUCAUUCAAGGGUCAGUACGUCUUCCUGUCUCAAAGUCCACCGCUCUCUUCCUGCUCGCCGAGACGGCAUGCGGCUGCUUUCUUAGCCUCUGCCAGCUUCAAAUUUCUCGCAAGCGCGGCCAUCGUCAUGCUUCGUCUGCAAUUCUUUUCAAACGCCACCCUUCUUCACACUCUCCCCGGUACACGCUGCCCGCCCUUCUCCGUUGCUGGCGCCUGCUCGAGUGCCGCCUUCCUGCCUCAUAUCGCCCGCACGUGCAUUCGAACGGCCGUGCUUUCCUUCUGUCAGGGCAAAGCUUGUGGAUGCCACCUUCUCCACCGUGCAUCGACUGCUUUCCACUUCCAUUGCAAGUUCUAGACUUCUUCUUUACAUCAACCUCUGUGCUCGCUGCCACCACUGCAGACAGCACCUUGCCGCCACCGGCGCCCAUCAAUCGAUAUGCCACGCACCAAGAAGCAGAAGCGCAACAAUUUGAGCUCCGAGCUCGGAAACGGCGACUUCGCCAUUGAUUACAAUGCCAAAGGACGAGCCAUCCGGAAAUGUCGCACCCAGCAGCGAGAAUCGCCUUUUGAAGAUUCUGCCGUGGCCAUCAGCGACAACGAGAGCGACUACGAAGAGGAGACCGUUGGCGAUGUUAUCUCGGUAGCGCCAGCAAAGAAGCGGAAGAGAUCUCCAUCUCCACUUGCAAGACUACCCUCCGACGAUGUCGCCAACUUCUCCGACUCAUCAAUGUCCGAUGCCGAGGAGGAAAGCACCCUACGAACCACUCCUCCAGCAACAGGAACGACUGUUCACCUCACUGUCAACAUCCCGCCUGGCCAUCAAGGUCCUAUCACUUUGAACAUUGACCCGAAGAACUUUGCCUCAUGCCAAAGCGUGUCUGCGUCGCCUUGCAAGCCAGACAGACUUACGCAGACAACGCUAACCCGACUCAACACACGAUCGGUGCCAAAGACGAAGAAGUACGCUGGGUUCCUCGACCUUCCCGCUGAGCUCAGAAACGACAUCUAUCGCCUCAUCUUCGUCACAGAAAACGCAACGAUCAACUUCGCAACACCCGACAAUUUCAGCCGCAGUGCCGCUUUGCUCCGGACUUGCCGCCAAGUCUACGAAGAAGGACGGAGUAUUCUCUAUUCCGAGAAUGCAUUUGCUAUCGAACGUCGCACGCAGCGAUAUGGAUCGUUCUGGGAGCAUGAGUGGCGUGAGCUAGGCUAUCUCAACGUUCGCAAGUUCAUGAAAUCCAUUGGUCCCACGAAUACCGCCCUCAUUCGCAGGAUAAGCUUCAUGCUAGAGGACGCAGUGCCAUGCCUGAACCCUUCGAUGAGAACGAACGAGGAGCGACGAUUCGUCCACGACGACGACCUGAUGUCUGUACUGCGACACCUUGGCAACCAUGCGCAGCUUCAGACGAUCGACCUGCAUUUUCAUGGCCGUCGUCGGGUUGAUCGAACGGACGACAGAUUCCUGGACUACAUGAAGCGACUCAAAGCUGAUGCAGUCCGAUUUGUGGACUGGCCACCUGACAGCAAAUAUCCUCGCAGCUCGAAGCAAGACGAAAGUGUCAAGUCAACGCUACUGGCACACUGCACCAGGAAGAAGAAGAAGUUCGAUAUUUGAUGCACGACUCGUUAUCGAGAUUGAGUUUGGCUGACACACGUUUUCGGGAGAGUUUUGUGAUUGCUUUGCAUUCCAUCACGCAGCACGCAGCGCUGCAUGGCCUCGAAUUUGCUCUGACUUUGGGACGAGAGCUGUACAUUGUGGCACUUUGCUUUCGACAGUUCAGCAGCAUAGCAGGCACAUAUUAUAUGCGCGACAUUGUACACAUGAAGUCGCACUAACCGCCAUUAGCGCAAGACUGGGUUGUAGAGUUUUCGGGAUAGCGUACAUAUAUGUAUAGCGAACUAUGUCCGUGCGUGCUAUAGCCAAUUCUUUUCAGCUGCUGGGUACCCUGCUGUCUGCUGCAUGCGAC